AAUUUGCAGGUAGUCAACACACACAAUUCGACACACACAGAAAUACACACUCACAGCGUUUGAUUUACAAAAAAAAUAAUAAAAAAAACUCUAAAGCGAAAAAUUUGCAAAAAAAAAAUAUAUACAUAAAUAAAAGAAAACGAAUCGAACGGGGGAAAAAAUCAAAGCAAGUAUUUAGUUCGUUGAAUGAAGAGUUCGCCGCCGCGUCAUCGCAUCAUAGGAGAUCCGAGACGUGUGUGAGGGGCGCCCCUACCAGAACCGUGAAAGUGACCCGUAGCCACAGGACUUCAUCGAAACGAAAAGGGACACGAACAAAUUCGCAGGUUUCAGUUCAAGGAUAUUCCGGGGGCUGACAGACGGAGGAACAGAGAGAAAAAGAGAAAAAGAAAGAGAAGGAGAGAGAACUAGAGAGUGAGAGAAACCCGGAGAGGAUCAGAUCCAGAAGACGGUAACCGAAAACAGGAAGUUGGAUACCAGACAGCCCUCAAAACCCAAAUCUGGAUUAUCUUUUCAAGUUUUUUUCUUUUUGAUAAUUUUUCUAGUCAGGAUGGUCAUCAAUCUAAAUCCGGCCACCGCCAGCGAUUACAAUGCGAGUGGCAAUGGAAGCGGUGAUGGCGUCGGUGUUGGUGUUAAUCCUGGCAAUGGCGGAGUUGCCGUUAACCAAAGUGCCAACGUUAUUGGCGGAACCGGAAGCGGAAGUGGCGGUGGCGGAACGGGAACCGUUAACUUAAACGGAAAUACCAAUGACAACUCAGGAGUAGGCAACGGAAACGGAAGUGGCGGCAUUGGCACCAACAUAAUGGGCAUCAUAACCCAUGCGAUUUUCAACGGUAUCAUCUACCUGCAUGUGAUCUAUGCCGGCGAGGAUUACUCCAAAUGGAUACCACUGGAGGAGGCGAUGGCCUUCUGUCCCAGCGGCGUUGUGGCCUACACGACCCUCCAGAUCUCCGAGGUCUACGAUGUGCCCAUGGAGCUGCUCUUGGAUUAGGCUAACGUGAGUAAAGCGAACUUGGGUUUGGAUAUAGAGCAAACAUAUAAAGUUCAGGAAGAAGUCCCUCUGGAAUAUCUAUUGCCAAAACCAUUUGAAAAUCCAAAAAAAUGUUCGAACGAUUUUCAACCAAAAAAAUGAAAAACGUAUUUCCCAAAAUUUCAAGUUCCGGGCAUUAUGAAUAAUACCCAAAAAACAGCAAAAAAAAAAAACAUAUUCAAGCAAAACCAAGAUCCACGAGAAAACAGAAAAUAUUGAUGUUCGCUUCGAUGAUAAUAUGGAACUGCGAAAACUGGUUGAACUUUCCCGGUCUGUGGAGGACUUGGCAUAUUUUUUUGGCACCCUCUUCCCGAAGAUUAUUCGUGAAACGCAAAACGCGCAUCCAGACAAUGUAUCGAAAGCUAUCAAUACUUCAAAAAAUAGAUUAUUAAGUCUCAAA